AUGUGGAGCGCAUGGCCCCCAGAGUCAUUGGGAAAGGAUAGUGGCACUGAAGGGUUGAUCAUUCUGUGGCCAACAGGGUGAGCAGCUCCCAGCAGCAGCCUGCUCCUGAAGCUCUUGUCCAGAGCUUCCCAAAUCCUUUUUCCCUCCACAGGGUUUUCAGUAUUCCAGGCUGCAGAGAGUCCUGCAGAGCCAGCCCCUUCCCUGAGCCCAGAAAUACACCCAGCCCCAGGUCUGAGCCUUGCUUGCACCCUGCAGCAAGAGGCCCUGGCUCUGCCAACCACGCCCAUGGCUCCCUGUGCUCCGGGCAGGCUGGCUUUCCUCCCCUGGCACCACCUGUUUUUCACAAAGGGCUGCUGGUCCUUGGCAGGAGGGGAACACAAGGAGCCUCUGUAAUGAGCUGGGGCCAAGACUGAGCCAGAAAAUCAGAACACACUUCAGCAGGGACCACAGCCAGGCAGGGAGUGAGGGCUCUAGACUGAGCUCAAAUAAUCAGCUUCAACAAUCAGCUUCAACAAUAAUCAGCUUCAACAGUGCUCCUGGCAUGUGGGUAAAGGGAUUGGGCCCGGGUGAGGCUCUUUGUGGUCAUUGAGGUCUAUUCGUGCACACAGGCUCUGGAAAGCACCAAUUAAGUCAUAUUAAAACCAGGCAGUGUUUUAAGUGUGCCAUUCUCCUGGGUGGAGUGUGCAGGAGCAGCCUGAUGGCUGCUGGUACUAGCACCCUAUCACUGUCACUUGUACAGGGGCUGAAAUGGAAGUGCUUGACAUGACAAGGUUCCCCUGAAGCUGAGCGCUGACCCACUGACAGGGUGAGCCAGUGAAGCUUCCAGGUCUGGGUUGGUGCUGCAGUAACCAAAAAAUAAUCCCCUGGGUUGCACUGCAUGCCUGGCAGCCAGCUGGGCCAGUCUGGCAAUUGCACACAGCACCAGGACACUUGGGACAGCCCUCCUGCCCCGAGGCAGAGGACCAGCCCUGUGGUGGCUGUGAGAGCACAGGCAGGUGGCACACUCUGGGUGGGCAGGGCUUGCUGUGCUGUGCCAAAACAUCUUUGCUCUACCUUUUCCAAAACACAUUUUUUGCAUUUUUUUGUCUGCACUUAGAGUCUGUUCUUAGAGCUGUUGGGAUCUUCCUCUCUACGUCAUGGAGGGUACAACAGCAACCUGUGCAUUUGUGGCUCCCACACUCGUGUGUGCCAAAAAGUUGCUUAUGACUCACUUGCAUGACACUCUGAGGUGCUGGUAGCACCCACCACCAGCACUGCACAGCCCUGCUGGGUCACAGGCUGCCUGGCCACCCUCUCAGCUCUUCUAAGCUUCUGUCUCCACCAGAGAGACCUUUGCUCUCCUGUGCUUGCCACCUCCAAGCAUGGGUGCAGCCCACUGAUAGGACAGAGGAUCUUUCUGCUCCACUUGUCCCACGGCAUUUCUGCCUGCUGUGGAAGCCCAGAGCAGACACUGUGCAGCAGAAACUGCUGCACACAAUCUACAUCCUGGGUGCUUGCCAGGUAUGGCAACUGUGAAUUUCCACAGACAUCAACCAACCAAAUACCAACCUAAACCAAAAUGGCAUGUCAUGACCCUGCUGCCCAACAGCACAGUUUGUCUGUACAGAGUCCAGCUACAGGGGGGUAAAGUCCAGGGCUAUGCAGCCUCCUGCAGGGAGAAGGGCAAAUUCAGAGGCAACCUGCACAGAGGUUUCAUAGCAACAGCAGAGCGCUGGAGAGCUCAGAGAAGUCUCCUGUAGCUAUUGCCCUUGGGCAGUCUGUGCAGAGCUUGCAAGAGCCAGAAGCCAGCUGACAGCAGAGCAGGAAGAGUAGUGCUGCCAGCUCUCCAUUCCUGUGCUGAUCCCUUGCUUGGCAGGAGCGCGGCGAUGGAGCGCAGCAUGGCAAAGAAGGUGGCAAUCAUCGGCGGGGGCAGCAGCGGGCUGUGCGCCAUCAAAGCCUGCCUCCAGGAGGGGCUGGAGCCCUUCUGCUUCGAGAGGACCGGCGACAUCGGAGGCCUCUGGAGGUUUGAGGAGCACCCCGAGGACGGCCGUGCCAGCAUCUACCGCUCCGUCAUCAUCAACACCUCCAAGGAGAUGAUGUGCUUCAGCGACUUCCCCAUCCCUGAGGACUUCCCCAACUACAUGCACAACUCCAAGAUCAUGGAGUACUUCCGCAUGUACGCCCAGCACUUCGACCUGCUCCGCCACAUCCGCUUCAGGACCAGCGUGUGCCGCGUGUCCAAGCGCCCCGACUUCGCCAGCAGCGGGCAGUGGGAGGUGGUGACGGAGAGCGAGGGGAAGCAGGAGGCGGCCGUCUUCGAUGCCGUGCUGGUGUGCAGUGGGCACCACACCGAUGCACAUCUCCCGCUCAGUUCCUUCCCAGGAAUUGAGAAGUUCAAGGGCCGCUACCUCCAUAGCCGAGACUACAAGGAUGCUCGAGCUUUCACAGACAAAAGGGUUGUUGUCAUCGGGAUCGGGAAUUCAGGGUCAGACCUGGCUGUGGAGAUCAGCCAAACAGCCCAGCAGGUCUUCCUCAGCACCCGUCGGGGUGCGUGGAUCUUCAACCGUGUCGCAGAUCAGGGCUACCCCAUGGACACCAUCUUAACCACUCGCCUGAACACAUUCCUGCAGGGGCUGGUCAGCUCAUCCAUGGCAUGUGACUACAUGGAGAAGAAGCUGAAUGCCAGGUUCGAUCACUCACACUAUGGCCUGAAGCCUAAGCACAGGGUCUUUCACCAGCACCCCACUGUCAACGAUGACCUGCCCAACCGCAUCAUUUCAGGCAGGGUGCGGGUGAAGCCGAACAUCCAGGAGUUCACAGAGACAUCUGCCAUCUUUGAGGAUGGCACCAGGGAAGACGUCGAUGCCGUAGUUUUUGCCACAGGUUACAGCUUCUCUUUCCCAUUCCUUGAGAGCUGCGUGAAGGUGGUGGAGAACCAGAUUCCCCUCUACAAAUACAUGUUCCCCCCUGAGCUGGAGAAGCCAACACUGGCUUUUAUUGGCCUCAUCCAGCCCCUGGGAGCCAUCAUGCCCAUCUCAGAGCUCCAGUGUCGCUGGGCCACCCGUGUCUUCAAAGGGCUGAAUGAGCUGCCUCUGCAGCACGACAUGGAGGCUGACAUUGAGCAGAAGAAAGAAGCGAUGGCAAAGCGGUACGUGAAGAGCCAGCGGCACACCAUCCAGGUGGAUUACAUCCCUUACAUGGAUGAGCUCGCCUGCCAGCUGGGGGUCAAGCCCAACCUGCUCUCCCUGUUCCUCACGGACCCCAAGCUGGCCAUGGAGGUGGCCUUCGGUCCCUGCACGCCGUACCAGUACCGGCUGCGGGGCCCGGGCGCCUGGGCGGGAGCCAGGGCCGCCAUCCUCAGCCAGCGGCAGCGCAUCCUCAAGCCCCUGCAGACACGACACGUGGAAGAGAGCACCUCAGCCCCUGCCAUGCCCCUCAUCUUCAAGCUGAUCGGGGCUGUGGCCAUCCUGGCAGCUGUAUUUGCUUACUUGUAGGUGCCCUGCAAGCGCAGGAAGGGAGGCUUUUGUCCUGGGGUGACUCCCUAAACAAGGACAGCUUUGCUGCAAGACUGGCUGCAAGACUGGCUGGCCACCCCUGCCCCUUGGCAGCCUGUGCACCCCAGUGAUGGCAGAAACCUGCUUCUGCCUGGCACAGCUCAGCUGUGACCACACCAUGAACUAGGGAUGCACAGAACCUCCCCAGCUGCCAAAAUAAUGCUUGGGCUCCUGCUCUGCACCUCCCCUUGGGGAAUGCUGUCAUGGACAGAGGAGGAAACCUGCUCACUGCAGGCUAAAUUCCAGUUCUCCUCAGCCAGCGCUCCAGGCUUUUCUGUCCCCUGUAACCCAGCUGUGCCACACACACACCAGAGCUAAGCAGCAAAGGCACAGCACACUUUCUAAGUGGAUGAAUGCAAUAAACGGCCAAGUGUCUGUCCUGUUACUGAC